UUAGGAUCGACAUGUGUUUAUAAAAAUGCUGAUGUACGACUUAAGAAAUUACAUAACAGAAUCAUAAAAGAUGUAAUAUAUGAAAAAAAUAUUACAUUAAAUAAUGAUAAAUCACAAAGUCAACCUAGUAAUGAACCAGUUAUCGAAAUUAUGACAGAUGAUAAAUUAAUAGAAAAGGCUAAGCAAGAAGUUUUGUACGAAGAAAUGGAUUGGGAACCAAUGAAAGAUGAAGAAAUUGCACUAGAGGUGGAAGUUGUCAGAACACAAAUUGAUAGAGAAAAUUGUAUGGCUAAAACAAACUGUAUAUCAGAAAAUAUUGCAGAAUUGACACAACUUAAUGAAAUGAAGUCGCACGAAAAAGGUCCACUUUAUAUUGUUGUUGAUACAAAUGUAUUUCUAUCAAAUCUCGAGAUUAUUGAAGAAGCAAAAGAUGCGACAUUUAAAAAUUAUCCACGUCCAUUUAUCGUAAUUCCUUGGACAGUAAUAUGCGAAUUAGAUUAUUUUAAAGACAACAAAUCGAAAUAUGAAUUAUCGAUUAAAGCUAGAAAAGCGAUUUCUUUCAUCCAUAAUCAAUUUUCUUCUAAACACCCACGUGUAAUAGGACAAACACGAGAUCAGGCAAAGAAAAACAAAGAAGAUUUUUCUAUUGAUUGUCCAGAUGAUGAGAUUCUCCAAUGUUGUUUACAGAUUCAUCAAUUACAAAAAUCAGUAAUCUUGUUAUCUUAUGACAAAAAUCUAUGCACUAAAGCGAUGAUAUAUAAUAUACGGGUAUUGGGACGUAACGAUCCUCUUGAAAAUAUAGAUGAUGUAAAUACGAGAGCGACCUACCGGGCGCGUCUCCGGGUGGCGGAUAGGAGAACGGCCGGAGGGGCCCGAGUCCCCCAGGGAUAA